UUAAGUGCAGCGUGUGCGUGUUUUUCGUCGCGAGUGAACAAGUUGUGACGGCUGACAUGGUCGAACGGUGUUCGGACGACGGUGUCAAGCCAUGAGUCAGCCGACCAAGGGAGGCCCGUCGCCUCCGCGGCUCAAGUCGCCGCCGCCGCCCAAAGACACUGACGUGAGUCCAAGACCAUUAUUCACGCAGCGUGUCCACCAAGCGUCCACCACUGUCCGGGACAGUCCCGUCCGCGAGCGGGUCUCCUUUUUCGAGCAGCACGUGGACAAAAAGCGGGUGGUAACUCCUGGCACGUCAAGGGAGAAUCUGCUGCUGGAUUCGUCGCUGGACGAGACCCGCCGGACGCGCACCGUCCAGGAAAUCGGACACCCCCGAACUCCGGGCACGGUGUUCCGCGAGAGCUACGAGAGCAUCACCGAGGAGGGCGCGUCCGAGGAUGGCGUGAAGGUUGUCCGCGUUGACAGGGUGACUCUGACGAAGACGGUGCGUGAGACGUCCAAGGGCUCCGUCCACUCGUCCAACAGCAGCAUCGCGUCGCCGCUGAAGGAACGGUCGCCCGGACCGGACGAGCAGGACUCGGCCUAUCGGACGCGAGGAAUGUCCAAGUCCUCUUCGAUCAGCUCGCUCGUGUCCAGCUGGGGCACCGGACGCUACACCUCUCAGGAGAGUCUGCUCGGCAGUCCGGCAGACGCUCCGUCCGACCGGAGCAGGACGACCGAGUCGUCCUCCACUUCGGACUACCGGCACCAGCCUUUUCAGACAAUUGCGGCUCGCAUGAAGCAAAUUCGCAGCAAGGCGGAAUACGACUCGCACAUCACCGAGAUUAAGGAUGAGCAAGAGCGCGUUCAGAAGAAGACAUUCGUCAACUGGAUCAACUCUUAUCUCUCUAAGAGAAUACCGCCUUUGCGAGUUGAUGAUUUAAUUGAAGACUUGAAAGACGGAACGAGAUUGCUUGCUCUGCUGGAAGUUCUCUCUGGGGAGAGACUGCCGGUGGAAAAAGGCCGGAACUUGAAGAGGCCUCAUUUCCUCAGCAACGCCAAUACUGCCUUAACAUUUUUAACUAACAAGAAGAUAAAAUUAGUCAAUAUCAACGCGACUGAUCUGGUUGAUGGACGCCCUCCCGUUGUUCUUGGUCUCAUCUGGACUAUCAUUCUCUACUUCCAAAUUGAAGAAAACACGCGAGUCUUGGAGUCUCUUGGACACAGCUAUGCUGGCAGUCUCGAAAGUCUCAGGGGUGAUGCCUCCAGCCCUGAGACCUUCGGACACAGAAAGACUCCUGACAAGAGGAAUGCUGGCGCCAAGAAGGCGAUGCUCAGUUGGGUGCAAAACGCGAUCCCACCCUCUUUCAACGUUGUCGUCAAAGACUUUGGACCGAGUUGGAGAGACGGCAACGCUUUCCUGGGAAUCAUCGAGGCCAUCAAGGCUAACCUGUUGGAUCUUGCCUCCCUGCACAGAGCCAGCAACAAGGACCGUCUUGAAACGGCCUUCCAUGUGGCCGAAAAUGAACUCGGCAUCGCACGACUCCUUGACCCUGAGGAUGUGGACGUCGACCGUCCUGACGAGAAGUCCAUCAUGACUUAUGUCGCGCAGUUCUUGCACAAAUAUCCGGCGCCGACCGCUGGAGCGAGUACACUGUCAGAGAUUCAAGAAGAGUAUGGCCAGCUCGUUGAGUGGCUCAUGCAGAAGACGCAGUAUUUGGAGCACCACGUGCAAACCAAAACACUGUCCACCGAUUAUAAUGAUUUUGUCGCUUUCAAAGAUAACUUUAAAAUGAAGCAAGUUGUGUUCGACAAGCUGAAGAAGCUUGUUGACACCCAAAGUAUGGUCGCGAUCACCCUCGAAUCAUGGAGAGAAAUAGAGCGACUGUGGGUCAAACUCGAAUCGCAGAUUCGCUACUGGCAAUGGUUUUUGGACAGCAAGCUGCCAGGUGCACUCGGUGAAGUUGGAAAAUGGCUAGGUGGAGCGGAGGAGAUGAUUUUCCACGACGAUAUCCCGCAACUGAUGAAUGAGGAAACGGCCACUAUUAUCAGCCGCAAAUUGGAGGAGCACAAAGCCUACUUUGCUGAGCUGCCUGCCGUGCAGAGCAAGUUUGAGGAGGCCCUAAGGAGUCCGCUCACCUUGCAAGGUGUUCCUAGCGCUCAACUGGACGACAUCGCAACCAGACUUGAAGCAGUCGGCCCGCUGGCCGCUGAACGCCGAGUUAGACUCAAAUUCCUUGAGCACAAGUGUUGUUUGAUUGCGUUCCUGCAUCUGACUGAGAACAAACUGAGAUCUUGGACUGUCAAGUACGGUCACGAGGAAAAAGUGCAAGUGCUGCUGGAUCAGUACAAGAAUUUUGUCUCAAGGAAUAGAAUAUUCCAAGAGUUUAACAAGGCCUACCAAGAUAUGCAACAGGUCGUUGAGGAAUACAUUACUGAAGGAAAAGUUGACCAAAAAGAGAAAAACAACAUUGAUCGUUUCAUGCGCGACACCGGAGAGAGAUGGAAGAACGUAUCAAUGGAGCUCCGCUGUGUCCAGAGCAUGCUGGAAGAGGUCAUUAACUACUGGCGCAAGUGGAACUCUGGCUACUAUGAGUUUGAAAAUUGGCUGACUGAAGCCUACAAUGUGCUGCACCUUUCUGAGGUUGAGAAAAUGGAAUAUUUCCAAGAACUGAGCGUAUGGAAAGACAAGUACCAGUCUCUUUCAGAUGCUGUUCAAUUUCUAAUUGCGACCUGCGAUGACCCCAUCGCAUAUGAUCUGAGAGAAAAAUUCAACAGCCUUUCUACCAGAUGGGAAGAGCUGUUCCCGACGGUAAAACAGUACAUGCAUGCUGGAGACAUCCUCCGCAAUCGCAAAGAAUACCAGGCUGGUGUGAACAAACUGCAGGCCUGGCUUAGGAAUGCCGAGUCUGUCCUCGCCUCCUCGCAACUAGGAUCAACCCAAAACAUUAAAGCGUACGGCGAGAAACUGCAGGAGCUGCAACGCGAGAUGGAAGGCACAGAGGAUUUGUUCAAGGCAGUCAGCAAGAAGUUCCAAGAAUUGAUUUCCGAGCUGUCACGAGAGGAAGUCGAUCGCAUAAUGAUUACGCUCAAAAAGGAAAAAGAAUCUCUUGUUCGAGUCCGAGCCUUGAUUCCCACACAAUUGCACCUGUUCCACCAAAUUCUGGUGCAGUAUGAGUCACUGGAGAGCGGCCAGGCGGAAAUUUCCCAGUGGCUGGACGAGGCAGAAUCACUACUGAACAGCUUCAGCCCAAUCGGCGAUCGCGAGUUCUUCCAGGAGCAGUUGGAGAAGCACAAGGCCUUCUUCCUGCGCACAUUCUAUUACAAAUCCAUGUUGGAGAGCAAAAACAAGGUGCACCAGAGCAUCAUAAAAUCGCUGCACAACACUGAAGGAAUUGACACCAGCGCAUUCAAAGCCAAAAUGAGCCAGCUAAAUCAGAGAUUUGCUGACGUUGUUCAACUGUCGCAGACGUGGGAGCAGCGACUGAAUGAACUAAUCCGCUGCCACGAAAAGUUUGCUGAAUCUGAAGCGCUGGUUUCAAAUUGGCUUCAGCAGGCUGAUCAAUUAAUGGGUGACAAAUUGCUGGAUAACAGACAAACCGUUGAGGCACACAAGCGCUUCUUUGAAAAAGUCAAUGAAAAGUGGCUGCAAGAUUUGGAUAACGCAGCGCGUGAUUUGAAAAACUGUCAGCCACCUACAGAAAAAGCCGCCACUGAGAGACACGUGGAAGAUUUGAAGCAGAAGUGGAAGGAUAUAUUAUCAAACGCGCCAUUGCACUUGAUGAGACUGGAAUUCCGACUGGACGAAAGUGCCUUCCAGACGUUCUUGAAGGACGUGGAAAUUGAGCUCGGAAACGAGCAACACUCCCUUAACAUACAUGACGACAUUGGAAAUAUUAUCAACAGACACAAUGACUUCUUCAUAAGGCAAGACGUGGAAGGCAAAGCAAAGCAGGGUUUAGAAUCAUUGCGCAAGAUAUGCACUAGCUACUCGUCGUGGCAGCCAAACGAGGGUGAUUUGUUUGAUAAUUUCUUGACUGCUCAGAAUGACUGGCAAGUCAUGAGCGACAAAAUUGAAGCAUUCCGGCAGCAACUUCAAGAGAUUCCAGCCCAAUGGCAGAAAUAUCAUUCAAAGUUCAACGAGAUUUCAAAGUGGAUGGACACAGUGGACAGGAGCAUUGAUAGCAUCAAUCGAGAGGUCAGCUCUUUGGAGGAGUUUGAAAAUGAAAGGCGUCACUUCCAGGAAAUCUGUCAUGGGGUGGACGCUAAGCGCGAAGAAGUCAAGUGGCUUGUGCAGACUCUGGAGCAACUGACUUCCAAUUGUGAUGAUGCAAACAGCCAGCGAGAGCACAAUUCUCUAGAAGCGCUGGUUGCCCGCUACAAGGGGCUCGUGCCAAACAUUGAACUCACCAUUGUCAAAACCGAUGUUUACUCAAGAUGCUACAACUAUAGAAGAGAAGUUCGAGAGGUGUGCAAUUUGCUAAAGAAAGUGAAGGACUCGUCAUCUGCCUCAAACUUCCCAGAGAGUCUUGACAAUGCAGCAGCAUUGAUUAAAAAACAAGAAGGCGCAAUAAAGCAGCUGGAUGACCAGCGGGCAAACAUUAUGAGCAUGAUGCACAGGGGCAAGGAUUUGGCCAAAGACACAAACGCACCUGGCUUCAUCAAGGAUGAGGUGAACAACCUAAAUUCUGGUUGGGAGGACACCUACUCGCAGACCACCGACAAACUCAAGACCCUAAGAAAUACCCAGAAGAUCUGGAACACUUACCAAGAGCAGAAGGAUGAAAUUCUCAGGUUGAUUGAGCAGGCAGAAAAGGAGCUUGGCCGGCUCAGUGGAGGAAUUGAUCCAAACAAGAUUGUGGCCGACCUGCAUGCCAAGCAGGAAAUCGGAAUUGCCCUUCGCGAGGCUACUGAGGACAUGCUGAGAAAGUUGAGGGACAUUUGUGCAGCUCUUUGCAAGGUGACUGCACCAGAGAAGAAACCAGUCUUGCAGAAAGAGGUCACUGAUAUUGAGAAAAGAUUGCACUUUGUCUUGGAGUCUGCUCAGGAGCAAGCUAUCUACCUGGAGCAGUUCCAGGAGCGCUGGAAUUGGUGUAAAAGUCAAGUGCGGGAGCUUAAAAGCUGGACAGAGCACGCACCCACGUACCUGCAGCACAUUGCCGCCCCCGAUUGCCAUCCUGAGGAAAAGAAAAACAGAGCGGCACGGCUGCAGGCACAGUUUGCGGAAAAUAUCAACCUGUUGCAAAACUUGUCCGACGAAGUCAACAAACUGCUUAAGGGUGACUGCGACAAAGACGAAGCAGCUAAUUUGCGCGGAGAGGUGCAAGACUUGGAAAAAGAGCUGAAUCAGCUCAAACAAAUGUUUGAAAACCAGCUCGGCACGGUGAACCAGGAUCUAGUUUUGUGGAACGAGUACCAGAGUGGAUUAAUGCAAAUCAAACCAUGGCUGGAGCAGGCAGAAAUGAACGUCGCUGUGUCAAGUGUUAAGCCUGAAUCUCUUCCAGAAGCAAUACAGUUGCUACAGGCUGCUAAGGAGUUUGAGGCCGAAUGUGAGAAGAAACUCGGCCAACUACAGUCUAUUUUGGCCAAAAGUCAGACAAUCACAUGCCAUACAAAUGCCUCAGAUGAGGUUGACGCAAUCCGGUCAAGGUGGACAGCCCUCCACGACCAGGUUGGUCAGCGUCACGCCAAACUACAAAAACUCGUCACCACCUGGCAGGAAUUCAACGCGCUUGCCCAAAAUCUGGACGAGUGGAUCAACAGCAAGGAAAGAGAAAUUGCUGCCAUUAAAGAGCACGGAGACAGGCAGAAUGAAAAUCUCGAAGAUGAUCAGAGCAGGCUGAAAGCGUUUGCUAAUGAGCUGUCAGAGAAACAGUUUGUACUGAGUGCACUCACGCAGAGUGCUGACAAAAUUUGCCAGAAUCUGUCUCUCGAUGGCACCGCCGCCUUGAAGAACACGCUCGGCGAUCUGAAGUCCCGAUAUGCAGCACUUGGUGCUCAUCUUAGAGACACUACAAACUCAAUCAGUGACACGAUAUUGACAAGACAAGAGUUUGACAACUCACUGUCAGCCUUCAACGUCUGGCUGGAGAAGCAGACGCCUGAGACUCAGAAUAUCGAAAAAAUUCCUACUGAUAAGGUUCACUCUACUCUGCUGAGCGUACAUUCGCUCUUGCAAGAAUUUGCUGAAAAGCAGCCUCUAAUAGGCACAAUGCAAGAGGAACUUAAGAAAAUCUCAAGCAACGUGAGUCCUAGGGAAACCAAGAAAUUGAACGAGCAAUUCACACAAAUAUCAGCAAGUUUCCAGGCUGCUGAGAAAAAUAUGCAAGACAAAAAGACCGCUUUGGAGAAGUGGUCAGAGUUGAUCAACUGGUACAAGGAGUGUAUGGAACAUAUCAAUCACACCAAGUUCCAGAUAGCUCAAAAGACCAAACCAGAUGACUUGGAAAAAUUGUACAGUGAACUUGCGAAUAUUAAGAGUGGUCUCCCUCCAAAAGAAAAAUACGCUGCUGGAAUUGACAACUCUCACUUCAACUUGACAAUCACCGAAGUCUCAUCUGGAAAGCCAAUCAAAGCAAAGCAGCUUGUUGACGAGGUUAAUGUUUCUUGCUCAGAGGUUUACAAUCAAAUUGACGCGAAGAAAGAAGAGCAGCAAGAAAUAUUGAGUCACUGGGCACAGCUGCAGAAUAUGCAGCAGUCGUUGUACCAAAUAAUUCUGCGCCUCCAGAGCGAAAUUCAAGACACAGUUGCAGAUAUCCCCUCUACAGAGAAACUGGAAACAGCGUUGAACACGCUGACACGCAUCCAGCAGGAUCUUUUCGAGACGCGACCAGAAAAGGACGCUUUGGCCAACUUGGGAAAGAAAAUCAUGCAGGAGGAUCAUUCCAACCUGCUGACUGUCCAAAAUAUUUUGACUUCCAUUGACUCUAACUGGGAGAAAACCAACCACAUGUUGAAUGACUAUAUGAACAAAUAUGUUGAUAUUCAACAAACGUGGUUGCAGUUUGAUGAGUGCAAUAACAAAGCAGUGGCUGCCAUUCAACUUGGAAAAAAUACAAUUGCCGAAGUUUCAGAUGCGGCCGUAGACUCAACGCAGCUGUCAAUCGCUCAAGACAAAAUCAGGAAUGCCCUUGACCACUUGGCUAGGGCAAAGGCUUCCUUGGACAUCAUGGACACUAAAGGGAAGUUUCUGGUCCAAGAGGGUGCUCCUCUCGGUCUGAAUACCAGCAUUAUUAAGACCGCAUAUGCUGAGGCUCUUCAGGGCGUGCACCAGACAACAGACAAGAUAAAUAAAAUAACUCAAAAUCUUGCUGCUCAGGCCAUGAUUUGGAAGCACAUUGAGGAGUCCAAGGGCUCUGUCCAAGACUGGCUCAGAGAAACGUGUGAGGGGCUCACAAAUGCAGUGCAAAAUCCUUCAAACAUUGAGCUCGGCGUUCAGCAGUUGAAUAAAUACAAAGAUGAACUCGCGAACAACUACAACAUUAAAACGAGCAUCGCUACCAAAACCGGUCAGCUAAUGAAGCACGCCGGUGGGAAGCCCAUCCCCACGCUGGAGACGCUGAACACGCUUCUUGAGGAGGAAUUUGCCCACGUUAAGAACAUAGCGGAUAAUCUGGAAGCCCUGACUUCUACUAUUGGAGAAAAGGAAAAAGAGUUAAAGCUCGACUCCAAGAGCGUGAGCGAUGAACUGGAGAAGUUGAGAGAAUCACUUUUGUCUUGUGAUGACCUGUCAGGAGAUAAUUCCAAGGUUCUAGAAAGAUUGCAGAAAUGCAAGAUGUUGAAAGGCGAUUUAGAAAACAUUGACAGCAAAGUCAAGUCGGUGAAGGACAAAAUUGGCGAAAUCACCAAAAGCUAUGGAGCUUUUGCGGACUCCUCAGCAGCGAAGGAUUUGAAUGCUUUGCAAAAGCGUUUUGAGACAGUGAAGUGCCAAGCCGACAAAAUUGACGGCACACUUUCAACGUUCCUGUCUAAAUUCAACAUUGAAAAAUUCGGCACUCUGCAACGCGCUGUCGGCAUGAUCAAAGAGAAACUCCAAUGGUGCACACCAGAAGCGAGCAGCGACAAAUAUAAUUUGGAGGUAAAGCUUUCAACAUUGAAAGACGUGGAGGGUGCCAUCGCAGAGUGCGAAAGUAAGAAGAGCGAAUUGGAGAACUCCUUUGGCAUGUUGAGAGACGUUUUGUCAGCCGACAAAGUUGCUGAGUUUGAAAACGACAAGUCGAAGAUAGUCAGGGAGUUCACCAACGCCAAAAAUAGCUACAAUGAAAUCAAUGGCGUUCUUCAACACAACAUAGAGCUCUGGACUCAAUACGAGCAAAUGUCUGAAAUUGUGACAGGAUGGCUGAGAGACGUUGAAGGCCGAGUAAGAGCGGAAAGUGUAAAUCAAGUCAAUUUGCCAGACCUACAAGAGAGCAUUGCAAACAAUCAACAAUUCAAGACAGAGAUUGUUAAUUUCAAAACAAACAUUGACAAAUUAAACGACUGUGGUAAGGAAAUAAUGGAAAAGCAGCCAGAAUCGCGCAUUGGUCAGCAUGUAGGUCACCUGGCCAGCCGUUAUGAAGCUGUCGUGAAAUUCAUCGAUGGGCACAUUGAUCGCUUGCAAGAUAUUGCGAACAACAAGUCCGCUUACAAUACUGCAGUUCAAGAAGUCAAGAGCUGGAUUGACGACUCCAAGAAAAAGCUUGAUUCGUUCAAUGCUCUGCCUGCCGUUGGGCCAAAGACUAUUUUAACUUACCAGUCAAAAUUGAAGGACUUGAAGUCGUUCUUGGAUGGCAAGGAAGCCGGUCAAAUUUUGCUCAACAGCGCCGUGCAAAAGGGCGACGUUCUCUUCUCUGGAAUCACUCCAGAUAACAGGGAAUCCAUCAGAACUGAGUUGAGAGGGCUGAGAGACACUUCAGAAGCUUUGAUUGACGAUGCCAACGCCAUUGCAAAACGAAUGGAAGCAAUAAUGAUCCAAAGAUCGUCGUUCGACGACAGCUACAAUCAAGUAACGCACUGGAUUGAUGAAAUGAAGCGCAAAGUUGGCGAUGAUAACGUGGAACUGAGAGCAACUUUACAAGAGAAGAAAGCGCUGAGCCACGUUUUUAAGUCCACUGCCCAAGACAUUGACACGCACAGCAACAUUUUCUCACAAAUGGCAGCUAAAAUUGAGGCUCUAUCUGACAGCGAGGCUCGGGACAAGUUUGAUGAAAUCCUUGCCGAUUACAAAAUACUUGCCGACAGGAUCAACAAGAAAAUCGUCACUGCUGAAAAAUACGUGGAUGACCACGAGUUGCUACAGCAGAACUUUGAAAAGAUCCAAGAUUGGCUCACAUCUUGCAAGGCUGAGGCUACUGUUGUUACCGAAACUGCGAUUGAGAAAGAAGGAGCAGAUGCAAAACUCCUGGUCGUCGAGAGUCUCAUCCAACACAAACCCGAAGGAGACAGGCUUCUUGGAAUCUGCCACGAUCAACUGCAGGUUGUCCUGCACCAAACUGAAAUUUCAGGACACCCAGCGUUGCACAAUGAAUUUGAAGAACACAAAAAUGCUUGGGAAAACUUCCUGCAGCACUGUCUGCAAAUCCAAGCAGAGCUGAAUCAGUUGUGCAGCAAAUGGUCCCAGUUUGAGACCACCGUCGAUGCUCUCUUGAUGUGGGUCAAACAGAAAGAAACACAGGUGCGAGACCAGAGCUUGAAGAACUCACUGGAAGCAAAGCAAAUUCAACUUGACAAGUUAAAAGCGAUCGAAGAAGAAGUGUGGGCCAAGGCUGAUCAGUUUACCGAUUUGGCUGAGGAAAGCUCUGGAAUUGAAGGCGAGACUGAAUUAACUGUGAAAGUAUCCCAGCUUGUGACGAGGUACCAAGGAUUGAAAAACACAGUCAAAGAGGCUGUUGGAAGAUACGAAGGCUUCGUGCAGGAACACAGAUCAUUCAAUGACCAAGAAGCUCGAUUCCUGGAUUGGAUCGCCAUGGUUGAGGAGCAGCUUAAGACUUUGAGCGUUGUAGUUGGCGAUCUAAAAAUAUUACAAGACCGGCAAAGGAAAAUCAGAGAUCUUGUUGAAGUAAAAAAUCAAGAAAGCGGGAAAUACGAGUCUUUGAUUGAAUUAGGAGAGAAACUGUACGCGCACACUUCUCCUGAUGGACGUGAAGUUAUAAGGCAACAGCUCAAAACGUUGAGGACUCUUUGGGAUAGUUUCUGUGAAGACCUUCAGGCAUCAUCUAACAAAUUAGAGCAGUGUUUACUGCAAUACGUUGAGUUCUCGAUGGCUCAAGAGCAACUGACAAAGUGGCUGAGAGACAUAGAGAAGGCAAUGCAGCAGCACACUGAACUUAAAGCUUCCCUACAAGAGAAACGGGCCCAGUUGCAAAAUCACAAAAUUAUGCACCAGGAAAUCAUGUCUCACCAAUUGCUGGUUGAGUCUGUGUGCAAUACAGCCCAGCAUCUGGUGGACCAAACACAAGAUACUUCUCUAAAUGGCUACUUGGAUUCUAUCAAACAGUUGUUUAAAAACAUUGUGAUGAAAUCACAAAAUUUGCACGACAAGCUGGAAAAGUGCAUUCAGGAGCACAACAGUUACAACUCACAUUGCAAGGUUGUCCAUGAUUGGAUUUCUGCAGAGAUUGAAAAGCAAGCCGAGUGUGACAAUGUCAGUGGAGAAAAGUCAGAUAUUGCAAGAAGACUUUCGUCUGUUAAGUCACUGAGGCAAAAUGAAGAUGUGGGCCAGCGGUAUUUGUCCGAGUUGAGAGACAUGUGCAAUGACGUGUGCGCAAAUACAGCCUCAAAAGGGGUUGAGGUGCUGGAGAAGGAAAUUGUCGAUCUUGAGGCAAUGCUACGAGAACACAUUAGUUCAUUAGACACAAUUGAGACUAAACUAAAGAGUGCCUUGAAGCAGUGGCACGAAUUUGAAGUGAAACUCGACGAGCACACCAAAUGGUUUAGGCACACCGAGUCAAUUUUCCGCGAGCAGCCUCUUCAGGAGUCUGCAAGCAAAAAAGAGGACGUGCUUAAUCACAUCAAAGAAGUCAGAGAGACCAUCCUCACUAAAGAAAAGGAAAUUGACGAGUUCACGGAUGCUUCGCAUUCUCUGCUGCACUCGAGUGGUGUCGAGAGGCUGAAACCUCUAAUUUCACAAAUCAGCAAUCGUUAUCAGUUGUUGCAUGUUCUCAGCAAGGAAGUGAUUAACAACUGGCAAACCUUGGUGGACGAGCACAACUCUUACGAUGAGAAAUACGCUGGUGUUGACUCGUGGUUGAAAGAUUUGGAAGGAAAAUACGACAACAUCAAGAGCAGAAGCAAUAUCAAUGAGAAGGCCACGUUGCUGCAGCAACUGUCUCUAGAAAGGGACAAUGCCAAUCACAGACUGUCGACUUUGACCGCUUUGGGAGAGCGACUAUUCGCAGACACCGCGUCCCACGGUCGUGAGAAAAUCAGACAGGACUUGCGAGCUCUCCGCGAGAGAUGGGACAAGCUGGAAGAACAGAUCGCAGACCAACAGAAAAAGCACGAGGCUGACACCAUGCAGUGGAGCAGCUACAACGAAAUGCUCCAACAGACUCUCGCCUGGCUGGACAACAUGGAAAAGUCCUUGCAAAGCGAGCCAAACGCAUGGUCUACGUCUACUCAGGAGCUGCGAUCAAAGCUGCUCAAGCAAAAAGCAGUUUUGCAAGAUGUAUUAACCCACAAGAGAAUCAUUGAGACGGUGUGCGACAAAGCCAAGGCAUUGUCUAUUUCUAAUUUUGGAGAUAGUGAAGCGUUGAAGGCUGGCCAACAGAUCAAUGAAAGAUACGAAAAGUUGGUCAACAACUUUUUAAUGAACAUUGCCGCUCUUGAGGAGUCACUUGAUGCCUUUACAGUCUUCCACGAUUUGCAAAAGUCGCACCAGGAUUAUCAAAAACAACUAUGGGAGCGUUCGUCAGCCCUUUCCGACUACAGCGGCAACAAGUCCGCUUUGCAGUCCCGCCUGGCCAAGGUUGUCGACUUGGAGAAUUCCCUAACUGAAGGCACAACCACUUUGAAGCUUCUUGCUGAGCACAUUGAGAGGAACCAGUCGAAAUUGCCUCCGAGGGCCAAAGAGGCGAUGGAGCGAGAUUUAUCCACUUUGAAGUUUGAGUUCGAUAAAUUCGUGACAUCUCUGAGCGACAUGAAGCAUGGCUUGGAAGAGAGAAUUCAGCAGUGGUCUGAGUACGAGCUCUCAUUUGAACGUCUUUUGGCAUGGCUCAGCGAGACAGAAGCAGCGCUCAAAAACUACGCGCACAAAUCUACUCUCGAGGAGAAGGAGGAGCAACUAGAGAAAUAUAAGGAACUAGUUAAGGUCAGCAAUAGCAAGUACAGGGACAUGAAGGAGACAGUUGUUUUGGCAGAGCACCUACAACAAACCAUGCUUCUCACACUGAAACAAAAUGAACUCGAGUUUGACAAAAUGAGUGACGAUGCCACAGAGCUAGCUCACGUCACCGGGGAGUCCAGGAUAUCGGUUAACAUUCAACAAAUCACAUCCCGAUUCCAAGGAAUCCAAUCAACAGCUAAAGAAAUAUUGAAAAAGUGCGAACAGGCUGCAAAUGACCAUCAGGCUUACCUGGAAAAAUACAAGCAGGCCUCCACCUGGCUGGCCAACGCCCAAAACAAGUAUUACAGGAGCACCGAUGCUAAGAGCUUGAGCACGAAGAGCGACGUAGAAAAGCAACUGACAAGCCUCAGGGAACUACUGGGUGAGCAGGGUGCUUCCAUGCAGCUAAUCAACACCACGGUUGAGCUUGGUGAAAAGCUCUACCCCUUCACUGCGGUGGAGGGCAGAGAAAGCAUCAGGCUGCAGCUUGAGGAGCUGCAACAAGCGCUCGAAACCCUCUUUGAUGAAGUUUCGAGCACUGAAAAGAAGCUGCAGGAGAAACUCUCAAGGUGGACCAACUUUGAGGAACUGAGUGAUCACAUGAAAAAGUGGCUCAAGGAUGUUGAGCCGCAGUUGCCGGAAGAAAUUGUUUUGUGGACCACCCUUGACGAAAAAAGGGCUCAACUGCAAUCAUACAGACUGGCUCACAAUGACGUGAUUAACCAUCAGCAAGACUUUGGACUUUUAAAGGAUAGGGCCGAAGGACUGCCUGAAAGAAGUGCCAAAAUUGAUCAGCUGCUCAACCAACUUGUACGCCAAUAUGACGUCCUUUACAAAAGGGCUCAGUCAUACGUGGAAUCCUAUGAGGCGAUUGUGAGUGACCACCAGCAGUACAGCAAGGCCGUGAUGGAAACACAAGAGUGGCUUGAGGCCACGAACAGCACUAUUAUGUUGUGGGGUGAUAGCGAUCUCGAAAGGAUUUCUCUUCACAGCAAUAUCGAACGUCUCAAGAAUUUGCUUUCUUCCUUGCCCGAGGAGGAGUACAGGAUUCAUUCCAUUGCUGCUCUCGGUGAAAAAGUUGUGCCUAGCACAGUUGAGAGUGGGCAGGUCAACAUUCGCUCGCAGAUCUUAGCCUCUCAGCAAGAGUGGGAAGGACUCCUUAGCACUGCAAAAUCUACAAUUGAGUCUUUGGAAGCAAAAUUAGGCCAGUGGAAUGAAUAUGAAAAAAUGAAAGACGAAUGCUUGGCCUGGAUCAGGCUUACCGACUCAAAGCUUCACUCAGUUGACUUGAAGGCUACCUUGCAAGAAAAAAUUGACCAAUUGGAAGCUCUGAAGUGUUUGCAAGGAGAGGUUCGCGCAAAAGAGCUGGAAAUGGAUGCUGUGACCGAGCGUGCACAGCAACUUUACAAAGGAUCUCUCAGCGCGAGAAGCUCACAAAUUUCAGAACUAGGACUGAAGUAUCAGCAAGUGUCACACAAAGCAAAGGAUUUGACCAGCCGCUGGCAUGGCUACGUGACCAGUCAUCAAAACUUUGACAGCAACAACAGCGAGUGCCUCAAGUGGCUGGAAGAGAUUAAAAGAAAACUCGACUAUUGCUCUGACUCCAGCACAAAGUCCCAGAAGGAUCUUGAGAGCAAGCUUGAAAUCAUCCAGGGACUAAUUCUUUGCAAGGAUCAAGGCUUUGCUAAAGUACAGAGCACUGUCGAACUGGCACAAAUCGUGUUGGCAAAUACUGCCACUAGUGGCCAUGCGCAAAUCAACCAUGCUGUGACGAAACUUCAGGAGGAAUGGAGCAGUAUUGCCUCCAGAAUGAUUGACAUUAAGAAUCAACUUGAUGACUCAAUCCACCGCUGGUCUGGAUUUUUAGAGCAAAUUUCGCAGCUGGAUAAGGUUCUUGAUCCGAUCGAGACUUCCUACAAAGAGCUGUCUGCGUUCCAGACCACGAUGUCCGAAAAACGAGCACAACUUGAAAGACUCAGAACGCUGGAAGAGAAGGUGCGUUGUGAGAAAAUUGAAGUUGACGGCCACAGGGCAAAGGCUCAAGAAAUGCUCGCCAGCGGCCAACAAAGCCAAGCGGCUUCCAAGGCGCAAGCAACUCUUCAGAGAUUUGACGGUUUUGCUGAAAAAGUGAAGAAACUGCUUGCGGAACGAGAGGACCAAUACCGUGACCACCGCUUGUACAAAGAGGCACACGAUGACCUUAUCGGCUGGUUGAGCAGAGCUCGUGAAAAGGUGCCAUGCAUCAAACAACAGUCACUCAGUGACAAGCUUGCAAUUGAAAAUGCCGUAGCACCCUUGGAAUCGCUGCUGAACAAGCAGGCUCAGGGUGAACUUCUGGUAGAGCAUCUCACUCACACUGGAGAGGUGGCGAUUGCUAGCACAUCUAAGCAGGGCCAGGAUCAGAUUAGAAACGAAAUUAGAGCUCUCCGAGAGGGUUUUGAGUCGCUUUUCAGAGAUAUACGGCAACAAAAGCACCAGCUUGAAAGCACUGUUGGACAGUGGCGCGAUUACAAAGAAGAAUACGAAAGACUUUCAGACUGGUUGCAGCAGAUAGAAAUCCAUAUUAAAGCUCAAAAGACUGCCCUCCUGUCCAAUGUUCAGGAGAAACGGAAGCAGGUCAAUGAAGUUAUGGAAUUGUUGCAAAAGCUUGAGAAAGGUCAAGAGCAGAUUGAUCGUUUCAAUCAGGCGUAUGGUUCUUUGAUGGCAUCGCACCUUGACACCUACAUUCAGAGCCAAAUGAAACAUCUGAAUUCGAGAUAUCAGGUUCUUGUAAACAUGGCCAAGGACGUGAUGAAAAAGGUGGAGACUAACCUGGAACAACACGAUCAAUACGAGCAAAAUUACACCAAAGCUCACACUUGGAUCGAGAAUGCAAAACAAGUGAUCUGGGAUAGCAGCUCAGGAGCAUCGAGCAGCAGUCGCGAAGUUUUGCAGUCGCGGCUGAAUCAGGUCCAGGACCUGAUGAAGCAACGCGAAACAGCCCAGAAUUUGGUUCAUUCAACCGUUAGCUGGGGCGAGAAGACGCUGAGAAACACAAGGUCGGAUGGCCGAGAUGCCAUCAACAACCAACUGAGGGACUUGCAAGCGGACUGGGAUCGACUGGUUAAGAAACUGUCCACGACCAAGGUCAACCUGGAAACCAGCUUGCUGCAAUGGGCAGACUACAACUCGUCCUACACUAAUUUGCAGCAAUGGAUAUCAGAAAGGGAAGCCAAACUGCAACAAGUUUGCGAGCAGAGGCUUCCAAAGACCAGAAAAACAGUCACCACAUCUGGAAUGAGUACCUUGAGUAUGGGUGAGCGCAAAGCUACACUUCGCCAGACCAACAGCAUCGUUCAAGACAUCGUCUCAUUUGAGCCGAUGAUCCAGUCCGUGGCUUCUAAGGCCUCAGAUCUACAGCAGCCAGCUGCUGAGAUCGCCAGCAAGUACGAAACCCUAACUAAACAGGCCAAAGAGCUGUACGCCAAACAGAAGGAGACGGUCGAGCAGCAUCAGGCCUUUAUUGACGCAGGAAACGAUUUUGUCCAGUGGAUAAGAGCAGCCAAGGAGAGACUGAGCAAGUGCUCUGAGCCCACAGGAGACAAGGACUCGCUGAGCAGCAAGGUUUCGCAGCUCAAGGUGCUGCAGAGUGAGCAACCUGAGGGUCAAAAGAAACUGGAGAAGGCGCUAGAGCAGGGUGAAGUUGCGUGCCAGGUUGCAGACAAAGAGGACAAGGAGGUUAUUGAAGAAGAAGUGGCUCUGCUGCAAGAUGAAUUUGACAAUUAUGUUGAUUCGUUGACGCAUACUAAAUUCUUGUUGGAGGAGGGUAUCGUCAAGUGGACAGAGUAUGAAGACCAGUACCAGGAGGCCACAGACUGGCUGAGUCAAACUGAGACCCACGUCCAGGGUUUCAACAAGUUGUUCAACACUCUAGAGGAAAAGAAAACUAUCUUGGAGCAAUUCCAGAUGCAUCUGCAAACAGUUUUUGACUGGCAGAAGGAGCUGGACAGGCUGAACAUGAAGGCUCAGCAAUUGCUCGAAACUUGUGCGGACUCUCGAAUUUCAAAUGCGGUGACUCAGAUGACCACAAAGUACAACGCACUCCUUUCAUUGGCUAAAGAAGUUAUGAGGAGGCUAGAGCUUCAUUAUCAAGAGCACCAGCAGCAUUACACAUUGUACCAAGAGCUGGAGGAUUGGAUCGACCGCACCAAGGAGAAGGUGAAAGAGUGCCAGGAGAGUCCAACCUCUCUCACCGAUGCCAAUAACAAACUGCAAAUGGUAAAGGCAAUUAGACAGUCUCUCGAACAGGGACACAAUAAACUGAGAUACGCCAUUGAGCUCAAAGAAAAAGUGAUCCUCAACACAGAGCAAACAGGUGCAGCCAAAAUUCAGGAAGAUACUGAAAAUCUCAAGGUAGAGUUUGAGAAGCUGAUGGCAACGGUCCAAGAUUUGAGAACAAAGUUGACAGCCAAAAUUUCUCAACUUGAAGACUCUAAUAAGGACUUGAAAAUGCUGAAUGAUUGGAUUGAAGAAGUGGAACAAAAGAUGCAGCAAAUCGAGAGCAGUGUUCAAACUGGAGACUUCAGCGAAAAAAGAGCUGCUUUGGAGAAAGUGCGCAUCAUUAAUAAGGACAUAGCUGCGCAUACUGAAAUGAUUGAGCGCGCUAAAGCAAAGUUACAAGAGAACAACCAACAGCCAACGCCUGAGUUUGAGGCCAGCUUGUCCAAGUUCGAGGACCUCAAAGAGAAAAUCAAGAAAAAUAUUUCUGAUCUCGAGGAUAUGGUUAACAAACACGACUUGUACAGACGUAGUUACAAUGACGCGUUUGACUGGAUGCGCAAAAAGCGAAUCGACACCCAACACUGCAACGAUACUCAUGGUGAGAAAGAGAAAAUUUUGGAAAAAGAUGCUGUCUUGAAGGGCGUAGCAGCAAUAAUGCCUGAAGGCGAGGCAUUGGUGCAGAAAGCUGUUGAUUUGUAUAAUGACCUGAAGAGUAGUGUCACUGGACAAGAAGGACAGGACAUUCUCAACCAAGAGAUAUCCGCCCUUAAAUCAGACCUCGAAUCACUAAAGGGCAUGUUCAAAGACACUCAAAAAGUAAUCACCAAAUGCAUCACCUCAUGGGAUGAUUACUACACGAGUUAUGACUCGAUGAAGAACUGGUUGGAUGAUUUCCAAACAAGGAUUCACGUUGACACUGACGAUGAGAAGGUCACACCUGAAGAUUUGCAAAAAUGCCAUGCUCUAUUGAAAGAGGCGAAUCAGCACAAGAUGCUUAUGGAGGAGGUUAAUGACAGGUGCGAGGUUCUGGUCGAGCUUAGCGCUUGUGAAAGAAUCAGGGAUCAAACUGUGCAACUUCAAGGAACCUACACCAAUAUUGUCACGUUGCUUCAGGGUUUGGUGUCCAAGGUUCAAAAGAACUUGUCGGACCACACUGAAUUCAUGAACGCCAAGGAAGAAUUUGACGUUUGGCUGAAGCGCGCACAAGGCACAGUUCAGUCCUGCGAAGGCGUUGGCGACGAAGCAGCCACAAAGGACAAAUUGGAAACGAUCAGGUUGGUUGCAAACAGAAUGACUGAGGGCCAGCAUAUGAUGAGUGGCGUGCAAGUCAUUUUCUCCAAAGCCAUUAGCAACACUCCUGAGGAGCAACAGGAGAUUCUUAGAGACAGCAUGGGUUAUUUGCAAAAGAGCUGGGAACAGCUCAGCAUGGACCUGAACAAAGUCAUGUCAAGUCUGAAGUCUGCCACAAAUCGCUGGGAAGACUUCAACGAAUCAAAAUCACGAUUCAUUGUCUGGAUUGGAGAGAUGGAGGAAAUUUUGCGAGAGGUGCCAGAAACCAAAGCUGAGCUUGGCGAAAUGAAGAAACUUAUCGAGCGUUACAAGCACUUGCAAGACGAGGUGAAAAAGCGACGCACCGAGCUCGACCACCUUUUGACCGAAGCCACUGAGUUGUCCACUUGGGCUGGUAACCACCUCUUGUUGGACGAAAUGAAGAACGUGCAGUCUCGUUAUGACCACUUAUUCACUAAGUGUAAUGCGAGGAUGACAAGUCUGCAGGACGAAAUGCAGGACUACACGCAGUACCACCAGUCGCUGCAGGAUGCGGAAAAAUGGCUACUGCAGAUUUCCUUCCAGCUGAUGGCGCACAACUCGCUUUACAUCACCAAUCGCACGCAAACGCAGGACCAAAUCAAUGACCAUGAAAGCUUGCUCUCUGAAAUUCAGAGAUAUCAGACCGUUUUGGACGAUGUUAAGUCCAAGGGCUACACACAAAUUGAGCGUUAUGUUGUGAGUGUGCCCAGUCUUCAAGCAGCAAUUGAAAGGCAGCUGCAGAAUGUGCAGGACAGCUACAAUUCGCUGCUCAACACCGCGAUUCAAAUCAAGAAUCGUUUAUUGGAAUCGCUGUCUAAGUUCCAAGAGUAUGAAGACACGGUUGAGAGCAUUAUGAAAAAUUUAGACGUUUUGGAGCCACAAAUAGCCAGUGAAGUUGACACCCAUGCAGCAAGUUUGGCUGACUCGCAGCAUCAAGUUGAGAGAGUUAGGGCAUUGCACAACAAACUUCAAACUGAAAAGUCACGACUGGCAAUCGCCGUACAGGCUUGCGAGGCAGCGGCUGCCUGUAUUUCCAGACCAAGCAGUCCUCAAGACGUGACUCCGACUCCAAUUCCUGACAGGGAACUUGAGGUUAGGGCCAAGAUGGAGGACCUGAUUGAUCAAGUGCAGAACAAACUGUCUUCACUGAAUUCCGCUGUUGGUGAACUGGAGGAAUGGUCGCGCCAGCAAGAGUACAUGAAAGUCUGGGCGCAAGAGCAAAGAGCAUUUGUCACCGAAUGGAACGCCAGACCUUCCAAGUUAAGGCCAGAGGCCGCCCGCCAGGAGUUUGCUCAGGCUGAAGACCUCUUGCAGAACGUAGACGUGCGCAGAAGACAGCUUGCUGAGCUAAAAACUGAGCCUGAUGAAGCGCUGCAGAGAGAUCUGAGCCAGCUUGAAAUGGACGUCCACAACCUCAUAACCAAAAAGCAAGCCUCGCAGAAUAUAAUUGAGGACUAUAGAAACGCAGUUCAAGAUGUGCAAGCUUGGAUGGACCAAGUGUGCAAAAGCAUGGAGGUGCUGGACAAGGGCAGCGGACAGUUGUGCUACCAGAAAUUGUCCUCUGUGGGUGAUAUUCUGCGUGACUUUGAGGCUAACAAAUAUAAGCUUGAAGAACUAAAAACCAAGGGAGCAGCUGUGAUUGAUCAAGUGAGCAAUCUGGAGACUCAGCAGGUUGAGGAGCAGCUCAAGGCGAUUGAGAGACGCCACGGAGACGUUGGCAAGAAAAUCCAGCGCAAAGCCCAGAUUCUGGAGAUGACCAAAACUGGCUAUGAUACAGCUAUCGAGGAGAUUGAGCUCGCUCGAAAGUGGGCUAAAGAAAAAAUGAAGUCCGUGGAAAAGCAGACACCACUCGGCUUUGAGAGCAAGUCGGUGGAGGAGAAACUGCAAGACCUCAAAUCGCUGCUCAAGGAGGCAGAAAGCAAAGAAAUCUUGCUCGAGACCCUGGAGAAGCGGGUCGGAUCCAUGCAAGCAGAACUUGAGCCAAACGAACAUUCCCUGCUAGAGGGAAAUCUCCGCUCCUUGGCCACUGACCACGAUGAGCUUUGCGCAUAUUUGAGAAAGGAAAUGACCAAGCUCGCAGGAGCUAUUGAACAGAGGAGAAAAUUCGAGGCUGAUGUUGAUAAAGCGCUGGCCUGGAUCAAAACUAAGGACAAUGAGAUUAAGCCUGGAGGCUGGACUCCACUAAAUACUGUUUCGAUUGAAAAAGACCUACAGACAUACAAGAACCUCGAAGCUGCUGCUAAAAAUUACAACAGUACCACUCUGGCUGACAUUCAGAGACAGAGCAACAAUAUUGCUAAAGAAUGCGAUGAUGAAAAUAAAGCCAAGUUGCAGGAAGUUAUGGAUGAUAUUGGCGAGAGGUAUGAAAUUCUAACCAAAAAGCUAGCCGCUAAAAUCGAGUGCCUCGGUGAGCUGAAUGUCGGACGCAAGGAAUUCGAAACCGACUUGGAAAAUUGCUGGCACUGGCUCAAGCAGGCGGCUGUGUCCGUUGCGGCCGACAUCCAUACAAACAACAUCGAAUUGAUGCAAGAGCAUCUUGAAAAGUAUGUGCAAUUGGAAGGCGAAGCAGCUGAAAACGGCAAAUUGGUUGAGAAGGUGUUUACUCAGGGUUCGCUGAUUUUGCCGAAUGUAAGUGAGGCAGACCGUGUAAACCUGACGGAGCAGCUGAGUAGCCUGAAGAAAGAGCACUACAGCAUGUUUGCCAUCAUCCGGGAGCGGCUUGAGGCUCUGCGGAAGGCUAUCAAUGAGAGCCAGCACGCGGCCGACAGGCUGCAAGAAACGGUCGGCUUCAUGAAUUUGAUCCGCCAAGAGAUAAUGGAGCUCAACAAACCAAUUGGAAGCAAAGUGGAGGAUGUUCAAGGUGUCCUCAACUCUUAUGAGAAAAUUCUAAGCGAUCUGAAGCAAUAUAAGCAGAAAUUGGGCGAGCUUGAUCCAUCCAAAACAACAGAUCUGAAAGCAGUGCUAACACAACAGGAUGACUUGAUCAAAACCAUUGAAGAUCAGAUCUCUCGUUUGAAACAACUGCUUCUUCUGCGCCAACAGUUCCUGAGCAUAAUAACAGAAAUAAUUACGUUCAUCACCAAAUACACGGGAAUUGUGCGCGACAUCGAAAAGGGUGGACAAACCGUUGAUGAGAAAAUCAAGAAAUAUGACGACGUCAUACUCAAGAUUCAGGAGUGCGAAGCCAUGUUGGCAACAGCUACUGACAAGGGCCAGUCGAUCGCCAACGAAGGCAGUGCUUCCGACCGCAACAACGUGACCGAACAGCUGCAGUCUCUAAAACAGCAGCUGCAAGGUCUUAGAAGGGCUGUCGAGUCCCAGCGCUCUCAACAUGUGCUAACGGCGGAAGCGCACAAGAAGCUAGCCGCUGAGCUUGGAGCCGCUCUGGAUUUGCUGCACAAGAAUGAGGCAGCCGUUAGGUCAAGGCCACUUCUGGAAAGGACCGUUGCGAGUGUUGAGAAUGAAAUUGUGAAACAUAAGGCCUUAAGCGCUGAGGUUGAGAAGCAGUUGGACGUUAUUCGCAAGGUUCGCGGCGACGUCCAGCAUGACGAAGGCCUUCCCUCCUCGUUGGCAGACCAACUGAGUGAAGCCUCAAUGCUGCUCAACUCUCUUCCUCCUGAACUUGCUGAAAGAAGCAAGUACCUUGAGUCUAACAAGACGUAUCGCUCCGAGCACCAGCAGCUCAAGGAGCAGCUUAACUCCUGGAUUGAAAAUGCCGGCAAGAUCAUGGAUGUAACUCACGAAGGAGUUGACUUUGAGAACAUCUUGCAACACUUAGAGAACCACAAAAAGUUCUUUUCGAACGAGCCAAUGGUGAAAGAGCUCGUGACUCAAAUUCAGCAGUCAGGCGAUCGCAUUUGGCCCUCGCUUUGCACUUCAGAACAGGAAGAGUUGAGUGCCGAACACCAGCUAGCCACCCAGUCGUUGAAAAACACCCUGAACUUGGCUCGCAGUCGCAAAGCGCAACUUGACCAAGAUUCUGAAUUGUGGAAGGAGUAUCUGAUGCUCAAGGAGCGUGUGCAACACAUUUCCAGCAGAAACCGAUUUGUUGACGACGCAGUCUCUUCGCAUCCAAGUUUACACGGGAAUAUUCAGCGGAUCACCUAUGCUCUCAAUGACAUCCAGGGCCAGUCUCACGAAAUCGAUCUUCUGCUUGAGCGUGCUAAGGAAAUUUCUAGCAAAGCUGAUGCAGGGAACAAGAGAUCAAUUAAUAACGACAUGACAGAAAUAAGCGCAGAGUGGAAUGGCCUUGUAUCCGAUCUGGAAGGGCGCAAAGAAACUCUGACCAAACUGGCUGAACACUGGGAGACGUUCGAAAACAAGUGGCAGCAGAUCGAUUCAAAAGUGCUGGGUAUAGAGGUAAAACUGAAGCACGAGGACUUGGUCGUGAGAAACAAGGGCCAAUUGCAGGAAACACAAGGAAAGGUUGAGAGCAUGAGCCAGGAAGCCAACUGCCUCCAGGCCAUGUAUGAGGAGUUGCAGACUUUAUCUAGGACAGUGCAAACUUUCUUGUCGGCUAACUCAGAACCUGCAGCGCAAGACUUUAAAAAGAAGUUGGACUGCCUCUGGGAGCGCAUAGCAAAAUUACUAGAUGCCCUACGCAGUACAGAGUCAGAUCUUGUCAAGAAGAAAGACCUUUUGAAACAGCAGGAGGAAAAGGUCAAGAGCCUGCUCCAAGUGCUUCGCGAAAUCUUGUCAUCCAUACACGAGUUUUACAUCUUCGACGAGGACCAAAGCAAAGUCGAGUCGCAGCUCCAAGAGCUGGAGAGAGAAGUGGAACAGCAGUUGGCAAAGUCUAAAGCCUUAAACACUGAGAUCAAAGAGCAUUACACGCAAACCCAGGAGUACCUUCCGUCAGAUUUGGCACACGAGCUUUCUGCGUUGGAAAUCUUGUCUGAAAACGUAAAAGCCACGAUGGACGAGAAACAACGUGAACUCAAUCGCGUCAAAACGAUCAGAGCUGAUUAUUUGCGUGACGUAGACGAAGUACAAAAUUGGAUUUUGGAAGCAGAACAGAAGGUGCAGGACCAGUCAGUUGAGCCUCAGAUUUUGAAGGAAUACAUUCAGCAAAUUCAAUCAGAAUUUGCGUCUGCCAACGAUAAGUUGGAAAGACUGACCAAGAAUGGACACUUCAUUUGCGAGAAAUCACGCGAUGUAGCUGAGCAGGACCUCAUCAGGUCGACAAUCGCCAAUCUAACUGAGCAGCUGCAGCAGGUCAAGUCGUGGCUGGAAGAGCGCAAGAUGCAGGUUGGCGACUCACUCGACUCGUGGCGGAAAUUCAUGCAGCUCUACGAGCACAUCAAGAACUGGUCUAACGAGAAAUCGGCCUUCCUGGCCGAACCACUUCGUCUAGCCACACUGGUUGAAGCUCGCCAGAAGGUUAACGAUUACUCGCUGGCGGUAAAGAGUUGCAAGCACAUCGGCAAGAACUUGGCUGAAAUGGCAAAAGAGCUGGAAAUCAUCGCCAGCACGUCCAGUAAUACUUCUGAUUUGCAAGAAAAGUUUGACGAGGUUGACGAGCUGAAAACUGAAGUCGAGGGCAAUCUAAUUGAAAGGAGCGCAUUACUGCAAGACACUGCUGAGGAAUGGGAGCAGUGUGAGAAAAAGAUGAAAGAUGUGCACGCCUGGAUCGAAAAGUCGAGAAUUGCACUGGAAUCUCCUCAAAACAAGAAAAAGGCUCUGAAAGACCAACUUGCGCUGAGAGAAAAAAUGACUAACGACAUCACGAUUCAGAAAACCAAAAUAAGCAUUUCUGCUGAAAAGCUACAAGUGCACUUUAGAGGCGGUGUAGGUGGCGAUGCCAAAGUAUCAGAACAAGCCGCUGAUAUUGUCAGGGAGCUUAGCGUGCUCUCGGGCCAGGUGAAAGAGCAGGCAGCUACCUUGGAAAGGUGCUUGUAUCAAAUCGAAAAGUACCAGCAGGAAAUCCAGCUGCUGCGGCAGCAGAUAAUCAAUGCAGAGCAGCAGCUAAGGGUGGUUAUGGCACCGACUUACUUGCCUCACAACCGCGAAAAGGCGCUCGAAGAGCAGAAUGCCUUCAGGGAACGUAUUAAAGCCUUGCAGAUCAAGAUAACUGCUCGUAACGGGCGAAUCAACCUUCUUAUCCAACGUGGAACUCCAGAUUUAGAGCCUUUAGAAUCAUAGCUUCAAAACCUUUAGGUGCUUUUGUCUUGGCAAAGACGCGCGCAAAAUUUCCUAACUCUCGCAAUGUCCCUGGUGAAAUGUUCCUAUCUUUGGAUCCAUCUUUAUCUAUCAAGUGACCAUCAGCACAUAUAUAAGAAAGCUGCAAAACACACUAGCAACAAAGCCUUGAUGUGGGUGUCUGAAUAGCUGAUGUGAUUGUUAGACAGUUUUUCUUCCACAAACACAUAUGUGAACCCUUUUUAUUUUCACUGAGCCCUAUAUAUUACUUCUUUCUGGCAAACCAUUUGUC